AUGGAUGCUGGAACAUCGGCUGCAAUGUCGGGAGGAGGACCCCCUGCAACUUCAAAAGGACGUCUUAGACGGAAAUUGCUUGAAGGCGAACAGAACAUAGAAGUAUUGAGUGAUACAUUACAAGAACAACAACAGUAUAACCAGAGUAGACAGAAAAACUCGAGGUAUAUCCCUGCAUACGUACAGCAGCAACAGAUUAUUCAAAAUGGGUUCCGCAAUAAUCUGAUAAACUCAACGUCCACGACCAACUAUGACAUGAUGACACCAUUACCUGGAAGCCAGAACAACACGCCGUUUACUUCGGUUAACAACUCCAGUGCCUCCAAUUUGACAACAUACUCGAGAAAAUCAUCGAUGAACUCACAAUCUGUAAAUAGGUUCUUCCGAAGAAACCAAAAAGCAGAUGACUUCAACGAAGAUCUUGGGGCAGACAUUGGUGAUUUGACCAAUGGCAAUAACGUAUCGUUUGACGACAUCACGCAUAUAAGGAACAAAAACUCAUACAAUUCAACUGCUCCAAUUAUUCCAACCUUGGGUGUUAUAGGAAGUGCCUCAUCAUUUAAUAACCCAACAAAAGUUAAUAAUAUACAGUAUAGAAAGCAAAUGAAUCAACAAAAGAAAAUGGCAAUGUUGACUGGUGCCAGGGCAAACACAAUGACUACAGGGAUGAAUCCAAUGAAUGCACAAUUUCAAGGUUCGUUCAAUUCGCAGCAGCAGCAACAACAACAUCAACUCCAACAACAACAACAACAACAAUUUCCACAACAAUUUCCACAACAGCAAGACCCGAGAUCGAUGUCGAUGAUGGGUAAUUACCCAAGAACAAUGACAAUGAACUCACAAGCUCCACGCACAGCAUCGAUGAGAAGUCAAUAUCAACCACAAAUGUAUAACGCACAAUACCAGCAGAACCCUCCAAUUCCUCAAAACCAAUUCAAUAAUUCGGCAUAUCCAUUUCCACAACAACGAAAUGGUAACACACAAUUUCAGCAGUUUGGAUAUCCCUCUCAACAACAAGGGGGAAAUCCUCGAGCGAUGUCUUUGGGAGCAAACUCGUAUAUGCAACAACAACAGCAACAACAACAACAACGAUCACAGCAACAGCCGCCAUUUCAAAAGCAGCAGCAACAACUAUUUAAUGGUCCUGGAUAUAAUGGUCCCGGUUUUAAUCCCAAUGCACAGUAUAAUCAACAAUACGGAAGGACAAGAUCAUUAGGUGGAUCAAUGCCACUAAUGGGUGGUAGUGGUGUUGGGACCGGUCCUGCAGCAGGACCAGUUCAGCGCGGACAAUUUCAAGGUCCUCCAUAUCAAGGGCCCAUAUACAGAAGCCAGAAUUUGGUUCUUGCGAAUCCACAGGAGCAACAAGAAUAUCAAAGCACAAUGUUGCAUCGAAACGGAAAUCGAAAAGAGAAUGGGAAUGAACAUGAACAUGAGAAUGAACAUGAACAUGAGAAUGAACAUGAACAUGAACAUGAAAUUGAAAAUGAAAACGAAAAUGAUGAGAAUGUUGGGGACGGGACCAAAUAUGACGAUCAAAGCUCAACAAGUCAACAGAAUCAACACUCUUUUAAAGAAGCCAGCUAUAAUCAAUAUACACAGCCUAGGCUUACUACUCAACUAGAGCAAUUUUCAAAUGAUUCUCUUGAUGAAGUACCCGAGGCAGAAGAAGAAGAAGAAGAAGAUGAAGAUGAAAGCAAACAAAUAGAUUUGAACGAUCCAAUCGAACAAGCCUAUGUAGAUAAUGAGGAUAAUGAAGAUGUCAUUUACAAGUUUGACGAAGAAGACAACAAGAGCGCUCAAUUAUCGAGGAAAUCGACAUUGAGAAAAAGUAAUUCUACAAGAGUGCGCAAGCUCAACUUGUUUGGCGGAGAUGAUGAUUACAAUGAAGGUCGCAAUGAUGUCCAACAAUUACAUUCGAAAAAAUUUUCAAGGAGAAAAAAGCCCCCUCCAAGUCCUUUGGAAAACCAUUUUGGUGACGCUGUGGAUGAUUAUCAAACAGAAGCCACUGGUACAAUUUCGAACCGUCGCUAUAGCAAGGAUCUUCCAAAUGUCCCCGCAUCAUUUAACAGUGUUGAGGAAAACGUAAACGAAAAUGCGGAUAAUGAUGAUGUUGAUGAUGCUCAUGAAGAUGACGAAGAUGACGAAGAAACACCACAGCCUUAUUAUCAUGAGUCCGGCAAUAAUCUCUCAAACCAGUCAAAACUGCUGUCUCGGUCACUACGUUCUAAUUCAUCCAGUCGUGAAUCAAACAUAGAUACUAGAACCAACACAAAUUACAACAACAACAACAAUAAUAACGUUAGUGCUGAUGAUGACAAUGAAACAAUCAAGGAGAAUGAGAGCGUCCAUACAUUCAGCGCCGAUAUGUUGAGACUACCAUCAGCACAAACCUCAAGAAAAGUCCUGGAUAGCCCUUCGUUGAAGAAUCUUGCAGCCAAUACUGCGUUCAACAAGUUUAGAACUCCACAGGUUGACACGAAUGCAAGGUUCAACAAUUCCAACUCCAAUCUUUCAUUAGACGACAUCGAUACACCCACUUCUGUUUAUACUGAUGCAUCUGCUCCAUAUGGCAACGAGAGAACUGGUGACGGGGCAAAAUCAGAUACUACUACUGAUGAUAAUAGUGAGCAAAAAGAUAAAUUCAAGGCGCCUCAACAAGAAAAUAAUGAUUUUGAAGGAGACAAAGUACCACCCACCACUUUAAAUUCUUUGGUUGAUCAUAGUAGCCAACCACAGAAUCGAUCAACAAUACUGAAUUUUGCGCCUGCCAAGGAAUCAUUUGCAAUAGAUACAAGCUACAGACCAUCUCAUUCUCAUUCUCAUUCUCAUUCUCAAACACAAACACAGGCACAGACACAGAUACAAGCGCAUCUGCAACUGCAUCUGCAACUGCAUCUGCAACUGCAAACACAUUCACGCACACCAACCAACUCAUCAAAUACUUUACCAGGGACUGCAGAUGACCAACAUUAUAGGCCUGAACUUGCAAAAAGAAGAUCAACCAGCGAUUCUUUUACCAAGAGUAGUCGCAAUGGUCAGUCUUCAACUUCGAUUUCUAGUCAAGCAAGUCAAAAACGGUCUUCAUUCACAGCAUCAAGCAAAAACUUUUUCAAGAGGUUAUCUCUGUCGAAAAAACUGAACUCAACAACAAAUAAUAAUAAUGAUGAAAGUGCCGCUAUCAUUGAAGGUCAAACACCUAGAAAGGGAUCAUUUGCAUCACACCGCCGGGCCUCAUCAAGUGGCACUGCCACUCCCAAUUUUAGUGCACUGCUUGUAGAAAGACCGGAGACACCCAAACCACCUUUAUCAUUUACUAAGGAAGAAAUGCACAUCAUGAGAUGUAAUAACGAUCUUUUGAAUGAAUUGGAGCUGAUUACUAGGGAGUUGGCAUCGUCGAUCAAGAGAGAAUUGGCCUUGGAAGCAAAGUUGAAGAACAAUUAUCAACCAAGAGGAAAUUCAUCUUAUCCAUCUUCUUCAAUGUCAUCUGGUCACGUGGCGUCCACGGGCGAAGAAAAUCUGCAUUUGCAACAAGAGCUUCUUGAUAAGGCCAAUACAAUUGCAAUACUUCAGGAAAAAUUAAACAAGGAAAAAAGACUUCGGUUUAUCAGCGAGGAGCAUGCUAUUUUGCAAGAACACGGUCAGAAUCCAAGCCCACUUAAGUUGAAUUACGAAAAAACAGAAAUAUACAAUCAACUUGUGGCUAAGAAUGAAUUGGUCAACCAAUUGACGAACAGAGUCCGAGAACUUGAAGAAGAAGCAGAGGAAGAAGAGAAAAAGAGGUAUCUAGUCGAUGUAUCUCAGUUUGAGAAUAUGGAUCAUAAUUUGAUGAACAAGAUCCAAAAUUUGCAACAUGAAAACAGAGAAUUGCAAGAAGCCAAUGCGGCGCUUUCGGAUGAUAUCAAGACUUUGCAGUCACAACGUGAAGAGUUGCGCGAGGUAAUUAGUAAAAUUUCAGUGCAAGGUAGUCAUGAUAUUAAACAACUCAAUGAAAAGAUUAGGACUCUCGAGUUGAAAAAUUCGAAUUUAAAGAAUAUGAAUAGUAUGCUCACGUAUAAGAAUGGGAGCUCAACAAGUUUAAUUAGCGAGGAAAGUGAAAACAUUAGUGGUGGAAUAGGUUUAGUAGGAAAUUCUUCCAGAAGUGUGAGUAAUACCAGUCCAAGUAAAACAGCAGGUUUUAGCUUGAAUUUGGGAAAAAAGCAAAGGUUUGCAUCUGGGACUCCAUACGGUGGUGGCAAGUUGAAUGGGUUUACUAUUGUUUCGCCAAACAAAAAACUUUUUGAUGAUUAG